AUGGGUUACAUGGUUUCCCAAAAAGGUGGAUAUGAUAAAGUGGGUUUUACCAGCAAAGACUUACAUAACCACAUUAGUAAGACUAGGCGUGGCAAAGUGAAAGACGGUGAUGCAUUUGCUGCGUUGGCCUAUCUAUUUUCUAAGGCAGACAGUGACCCAUUAUUUCUAGGAAAGUUCACCUUAAAGGAUGGUAGGUUGGAUAAUUUGGUGUGGGCUGAUGGAGAAAGCAUUGUUGAUUACGAAUGUUUUGGCGAUGUACUGGCUUUUGACACCACUUACAAGAAAAAUGUAUACAACAAGCCCUUAGUCAUAUUUUCAGGGACCAACCACCAUGGCCAGACAACUAUCUUUGGAUGCGCUCUGCUCUCAGAUGAAAGGUCCGAAACUUUCAAGUGGGCACUGAAGGAAUUUUCGGAAAUCAUGUCAGGAAAACUACCUGGAGGCAUUGUUACAGACGGAGACCGUGCUAUGAGAGAGGCUAUCUUAGAAGUAUUUCCUGGUAUACCACACCACCUUUGUGCAUGGCAUCUCCAUCGUAGUGCGAGAUGGAACGAGAUCAUAUCCAAAUACGGACUUGCCGAGAAUGAAUGGGUCCAGGGCAUUUAUAAUGAUAGAAUGAAGUGGGCUACCGCAUAUUUGAGGGAGCACUUCUUUGGCCGCAUAAGAACUACAUCACAGCGUGAGGAAAUUCAUUCAUUAUUGAAGAACUAUGUUGACAGUAAAACCAGUCUCCUUGAAUUCAUGCAUAAUUUAGUGAAUUUUGAGAAACAAGCUGCUGAACUUUAUACUAGAAAUAUUUUCAAACUUGUGAAAGAUGAGAUAGAAGCAGCAGGUGCCUUAAAUGUGACUGAAUGCCCAAACAGUGGAGACAUUGUUGAGUACAACACGAGUGAGUAUUUUAAUCAGCAAUGGAAAUUUAAAGUAUCUUACAAUAAAGACAAGGACCUAUUUGCGUGUGAGUGCAGGCUAUUUGAGACUCAUGAAUUACCGUGUUCCCACAUCUUUGGGGUCUUGAAGCAUCGCAAUGCAAAAUGCAUCCCUACAUCUCUUAUCCUGAAAAGAUGGACAAGAGAUGCAAAGAGUGGUUUUAUAUGCUCAAUUGGCGAGCAAGACACUGCUGAUGAUAUAGUGUCCACACUUAGAUGCGGUGCAAUGGCAUCUAUUUGUUGGAAGCUUUGUGAUAUUUCUUCCAAAAAUUCAGCCGACUAUAAGAAAAUCUCAGGUGAGUUACUUAAGCUAAUUUCGAAGGUGCAAAAUAAAGGUGAUGCACAAGCGAGGCUUUCCCCCACGUCAGCGCUAAUAGGUGAUCCAGCUAUUGUGAAGUCAAAAAGGGCUCCAAGAAAGGUUCCAAAAGGCCAAAAGAGGCAAAGAUGUUCGCAUUGUAAGUCAAGCAGGCAUUUCCUUAGGACAUGUCCAUUACUCGCCAAGGAGGACUCCCCCGCCGAAUACUCAAAUGCUGAAGAUGAACCAAUGGUUGAAGAAUGUGAUGCCAAUAAACAGACUCCCGUUUAG